GCAAGGGAGAGAAAUAUAAUGUGUUUCGAGAUGGAAGCCGCGGGUUUUAUGAAUCGGUUCCCUUGUCUGGUAGUUCGAGGUAUUUGCGAUCGCUCAGACUCACACAAGAGCAAGCGAUGGCAGGGCUACGCGGCAAUGGCGGCGGCUGCUUACGCAAAGGACGUGCUGACUGAGAUGGUGCCGAGUCAGGUCGAGGCUACGACCAAGCUUCAAGCGUCGCUUGAUUUGAGGAAGUGAGAUGGCACUAUCUAACGCGCCUGGCUAUGACUUAUUCCAAAUACUCAGUGUCGAGGAACCUUGACGUAUUGCACGAGACUAUGGAAAAGUAUGGCGAGAGGGCGGAAGACAUACAGGAGCAAAAGCAGAUGAGCCGGAUCUUGAAAUGGCUGGCGCCUUCUGACCCGUCGACAAACUACAACAAAGCGCUCCAGCUGCGACACGAGGGUACCGGCCACUGGUUCAUCUACGGAGAACCCUUCAAGCAAUGGAGACAGCAACCGAAUUCGUUCCUCUGGCUUUAUGGUAUUCCUGGUUGUGGAAAAACGGUCCUUCGUUCAACGAUCAUAGAAAAUCUCGAGCAACAAACAACUGGGCAAAUACUCUUGUAUUUCUUCUUCGACUUCAACGACAGUCGGAAACAAUCUUUGGAAGACGCUGUACGCUCGAUCAUCAAUCAGCUCUUCCAAAUCGCUCCUAUCAGCCGACGGCACCUCGUCCAAUCGUGGGAGUCUCAUGGCGACGGGUCUCGGCAGCCAUUGACCGUCACAUUGAGACAGAUAUUGCAAGACAUGCUUCGCGAAAUCGCCGACGUGACCAUCAUACUUGAUGCCCUUGACGAAUCAAACCCAAGAGCCGAGGUGCUUGCUUGGCUGGAAGCACUUGCUGGACAUGAGACUGCCGCUUGUCGGAUACUUGCUACUUCUCGUAAAGAAGCAGAUAUCAAUGAGGCUCUGCAUGGUUGUACGAUUGCCGCAAACAGGAUAGCUAUUCAGCAGGAAGCCGUGAACGAUGACAUCUGCGCAUACGUCAAGCACAAGAUAUUGAAUGGCGACGAACUAGAGCGAUGGCGCAGCCUGCCGAACCUCCAGAAAGAAAUUGAAGCCAAGCUGAUGCAGAAAGCAAACGGCAUGUGAGCUAAAAUUGACGGACAUCCCCUAUAGUGAACAGGAAAGCUCACAAAAACAUAGGUUCCGGUGGGUUGCUUGCCAGAUUGAGGCUCUCGCAGAUUGCUACACCCCA